UUUUUUACUUUUUAGAAUAAAUAAUACAAAACUUUCUGAAAUUUAAGACCUAACCUACCGGUAUUACCAUUAUGGAAACUGAUCCACUUGUCCGAAGACGUUCAUCUGCUGCACCAGUUAAAGUAAAACCAUGUGAAGUUGGAAAUCCUCGUAGUUUGAGCCAUCGUCUUAUCAUUAUUGCUUUGAUGUGUUUUCUAAGUUUUGGAAGUUAUUUCUGCUACGACAAUCCUGCUGCAUUACAUGAUGAAAUUGUGAAUGAUUUGGAUAUAAGUGAAAGCACUUUUAUGUCGCUUUAUGCUUGGUAUUCAUGGCCAAAUGUUGUCCUCUGUUUUUUCGGGGGAUUUCUCCUAGAUAGGGUUUUUGGAGUUCGCCUUGGCAGCCUCAUUUUUAGCAUGCUGGUUGUUAUUGGGCAAUUAAUUUUUGCUACUGGAGCACUGGUACACAAAAUAUGGUUGAUGGACCUAGGACGUUUCAUAUUUGGUAUUGGUGGAGAAUCAUUAGCUGUCGCCCAAAAUACAUAUGCUGUUCUCUGGUUUAAAGGGAAGGAAUUAAACUUAGUGUUUGGUUUACAACUCAGCAUGGCUCGGAUUGGAAGCACCGUGAAUAUGAACCUCAUGGUACCAAUUUAUGAUAUGGUUAAUGAAAAAAUGAAGGACCACAAUAAAACCCUGGGUGUUUCUCUAUUUAUUGCUGCUCUGACUUGUUUGUUCUCGUUGACAUGUGCAAUUAGUUUGGCGUUUGACAAACGUGCUGAAAAAAUAUUGAAUCGUAAAAAGAAUGAAGCUGAAGAAGCUGUUAAACUAACGGAUGUUAAAGACUUUUCAAUUCAGUUAUGGCUUGUAUUUGCCAUCUGUGUGGCUUAUUAUGUAGCAGUAUUUCCUUUUAUAGGUUUAGGAAAAACGUUUUUUCAAGAAAAGUUUGGAUUUUCUUCAUCGAGCGCAAGCGCAGUGAAUAGUAUUGUAUAUAUCAUGUCCGCACCUUGUUCACCGGUCCUAGGCUUUAUUAUUGAUCGGGUUGGUCGUAAUUUGUUCUGGAUUUUAUUUGCUGUUGUUUUAACUCUUGCAAGUCAUGGUUUAUUAGCAUUUACCUUUAUCAAUCCAUGGUUUGCCAUGACGUUGAUGGGAUUUGCAUAUUCUGUGUUAGCAUGUGCACUGUGGCCACUUGUAGCAUUUUUAGUACCUGAGCAUCAACUUGCCACAGCCUAUGGCUUUAUGCAAUCAAUACAAAACUUGGGUUUGGCUGUCAUAUCGCUUGCCGCUGGUAGUAUUCUCGACAGUAAAGGAUAUUUCAUGUUAGAGAUAUUUUUUUGUAUGUGUAUCAGUGUUGCUUUAAUAUCUGCUUUGCUUUUGUACAUCAUUGAUUUUGGUCGUGAAAGUGGCCUGAAUGCUUCUGCCAAAGAACAAAAUGCAAAACGUGCUCUCGAAGAAGCAGCAGAAGAAAUUGCAAAUGCUUCUGUUGAUAUGCAACCAAGAAUUAAACCAAUGACUGCAUUUGGUUUGAGAAAUCGUUAUUAUUCAAGAAUUGGUGCAAUUAUUCCUGAACAUUUAGUUGCUCACACUAACGUGUCACAUCACGGACAUGAUGAAUAGAAUGAAUUUUGUUAUAUUUUGAUUUUCUUCCAUUUUUGAUGAAUUUUAAUGCAAUUAUGUGUAUCGUAAUAUUCCAAUGUGAUUACCGCAUCAUAUCAUGACACCUGUUAUAUUUUGCAGAACUUUUUUUAAUAUAACAGUGCCCAUAAAUGUCUCAUUGCUACAGAUCUCCAUCUCUGAAAUAACAACCUCGAAUUCCAAAAUUUUUGUUCAUGAUUAUUCAUCUGUAAUGCUUACAUAGUUUUACAAAAUAUCUCCUAAACUUCGUACUAUUAGUUAUACCGUACUUUUUCAUGCAUCAAUUUACAAACCAAUCUUGCCAUUUGUUAUGUAGCAUUUUUCUGUGCUUCUAUCAUUGUGUCUUGUAAAAAUUUAUCAUUUUUUUUAUAGA